GGACUUGGGCGAGGAGGGCCGAUCUGGGAACCUGAUGAUUGGAAGUGGGCCAGGAAGCAAGGGCUUAAUUCCAGAAAUAAGGCAGAGCUGAAGUUCUGAAAAGCAGCAGGUGACAAGAGGACUGGAUAAUUCGCUCAGUAGACUUUGGGCUACUUAGUUACCAGCUCACCGGGUCCCUGAGACUGAGAUGGGACAGAGCCUACAAAUGAUGCUCAGGUGGUUCUAGCUGCUGGGUGGGCAGCAGAUCGGGAGCAGGAGCUUGCGGGGAACUUUGCCCAAGGUGCCUUCUCUGGUCCUGAGUCCAUUUCCUGUUCUGCAUCCACCUCCACGGCUGGAAGGUCUUGACCACCUCCUCACUCCUCUGUUGGACGCAUGGUUUUGGACUCUUACUUCAAGAACACCUUCCCACAGAUGUCGAGAGAUACAGGCCACGGCCCUUCCCCUGACAGUUUAGAUAAAUCUUGAGUGUUCCCUAAUGUGUGGGUCAAGAGCAGCCGGGCGGUUUCUGGAAGCGCUGGCCGUCCGUAUUUCUAACAGGCUUACCAGCAUUGUCCUAGGAUCAUUUCACUCUUGUUUCCAAUCUUCAUACCCGAUGAACAUUUGAGAAGAAGUAUCUUACCUUCUUUGUUUUUUGCCUUGGUCUCCCUCCCCAACCACUACCUCAGAACCCGACUCAGAAAUCCCUCUCCUUUUCCUGCGCUUUUCAGAUUCAUUUUGUGUCUCUGGAGCCUCUGUACUGUUUCCAUGCCCACUGAAAUCUUGGGUGUUUAACUUGUCUUACCGCCUAUAAAAUUUACCACAUUUGUUCUUUCAGUCAUUUAUUCCCUAAUAAGUUAGCGAGAGCUCGUUUCACAGCACCGGAGGGCAUGAUGUAAUUACUUAUAACACAGAAUCUGAGAUCAGAAUAUACACAGCUAAUUAAAGUUUCCCACUUAAGUCCCAGAUCUUUGGUUUGAGUGUGGAUAAAGCAGUUAUCACAAAAUCAUCUGAGAAAUAAAAGAAAUCUUGAUUUAACAUGAAAACCUUUCCAUUCUCAACUGAAAACUUUUCUGGGCUGAAAUAAUCCUCUCUAGCUCCCAGCGCACAGUCAAGGAAUUUUAAAAACAGAGGACUUCGUAACCACGAAAUACCCUCCAAGAUUUAAAAGGCCACAGAGCUCCAGAUAAAUAAUCAUUUAUCUUUCUUCUGAAGGCACAAUAAUUAAAGCCUUCAUUUCCCCCCUUUCCACUGACAUUCCUCCAGCUACAAGUUGACACCGUGAACACCAACCCAUCCUCCUCCAUCAGAGCAGACUCGGGGUAGAGGAAGAGUGGAGAUGUGCUUCUGGACAAAGCCUUCUGUAUCCUGGGUGUCCUUGUUCCUUCUACUCAGCCUUGAUCCCUCGACUGAGACAGAAAAACCCUCAACUCAGGACAGCAGCAGUACUUGGAGUCCAGGGCAACUGACGGAAGUUCUACAGGUUCUCUCUGCUGAUGACCCCCGUCCCCUGAACCACUCAAGAAGCCUCAUCAAAACAUUGCUGGAGAAAACUGGGUGCCCUCGGAGGACAGACGGAAGGCAAGGAGACUGCAAUCUGUGCUUUGAACCGGAUGCCCUGUUACUAAUAGCUGGAGGAGAUUUCGAGGAUCAGCUCAAAGAGGAAGUGAUUCAGCGAGUUUCUCUUCUCCUCCUCUAUUACAUCAUUCAUCAGGAAGAGAUUUGUUCUUCUAAGCUCAACAUGAGUAAUAAGGAGUAUACAUUUUACCUGCACAGCCUUCUCAGCCUCAGGCAGGAUGAAGACUCCUAUUUCCUUUCACAGAAUGAGACAGAAGAUAUUCUGGCUUUCACCAGGCAGUACUUUGACACUUCCAGAAACCAGUGUAUGGAAACCAAAGUGCUGCAGAAAAAAUCUGGAAUCCUAAGCAGUGAUGGUGCCGAUGAAAACACUCUUCCCCAGUUGGCAGCGACAAUCAUUGCUCUGUCCCUCCAAGGUGUUUGUCUGGGACCAAGAAACUUGCCUCCCCCAGACUAUUUUACAGAAUACAUUUUCAGUGCCUUGAAUAGUACGAAUACUCUUCACCUAUCAGGUAAAGAUGCUUUUCAUGAAUUUCAUUUCCAAGUCACACCUGCUAAAUAUAAACUGUGCCAAAAACAAAGGCGGAAGCAUUGCGGUGACCGAGUUUGUUCAGAACUAGACAAGCUCCUCAACACUCUCUGGACUAAAAGUACCUGUAUCAGAAAAGAUAAAAUCCAUCAGUUUAGAAGGAAACAAAACAGCCUAACAAUUCAUGAUGGAGACUACUCUAAUCUAUCUGUAUCCAUGGACCCAGAAUCAGAAGAUGGUCCAAUUUCCUGGGAUCAGACUUGCUUCUCUGCUGGGCAGUUGGUGAGCAUAUUUCUACAGAACAAGCUUUCACCCAUUUCUAAGGAGGACUUUAAGCAAAUGAGUCCAGGAAUCAUUCAGCAAUUGCUCAGCUGUUCUUGCCAGCUGCCCCAGGACCAACAAGCAAAGAUGGCACCCACCACGCUGGAGAAAUAUGGCUACAGCACUGUGGCGGUGACGCUGCUUACGCUGGGCUCCAUGCUUGGGACAACACUGAUCCUUUUCCACAGCUGCGAGGAGAACUACAGGCUCAUUUUACAGCUGUUUGUGGGCCUGGCUGUUGGGACACUUUCUGGGGAUGCUCUGCUCCACCUCAUCCCUCAGAUUCUUGGUUUACAUAUGCAGGAAACCUCAGAGUUUGGAGAUUUCGAUGAAAACAAAGGGCAUAUUUGGAAACUGUUGGGAUUAAUUGGAGGCAUCCAUGGAUUUUUCUUAAUAGAAAAAUGUUUUACUCUUCUUGUAUCACCAGGUGCCAAGCAGGGCGUGUCAUUGGUUAAUGGGCAUGUGGCACAUUCCCGCCAUCUUGCAUUCAACCCUGAAUUAAGUGACCAGUCAGGCAGAGGCAAAUCUGCUUCAACUAUCCAGUUGAAAGGCCCAGAAGAUGCACAAGCAGCUGAAAUCCCUAUACCUAGUGUGAACACCCCCAACAGAAAAUGCAAAACCAUUAGCUUGCUAGCAAUAAUGAUUCUGGUUGGGGACAGCCUGCACAAUUUUGCAGAUGGCCUAGUAAUAGGAGCAGCCUUCUCAUCUUCAUCCGAGGCAGGAGUGACCACGACUAUUGCUAUCUUGUGUCAUGAAAUUCCCCAUGAAAUGGGAGACUUUGCUGUGCUCCUAAGCUCUGGACUUCCGGUUAAGAUUGCCAUCCUGAUGAAUUUUAUAAGUGCUUUAACUGCCUUCAUAGGACUGUAUAUUGGCCUCUCAGUAUCAACGGAUCCAUGUAUUCAAAACUGGAUCUUAACAGUUACUGCCGGGAUGUUCUUAUAUUUAUCCUUGGUGGAAAUGCUUCCUGAAAUGACUCAUGUUCAAACACAGCGACCCUGGUUGAUGUUUCUCCUGCAAAACUUUGGACUGACCCUAGGUUGGCUUUCUCUCUUCCUCUUGGCUAUAUAUGAACAAAAUAUUAAAAUAUAAGUUUAUAGUCUCAAAAUCCUUCAAAAAUCAAUUUUCUGGCCUCACGUCAUUUCUUUUAUUAUAUUCUAUAAUGAUUUAUAAAUUAAAUAUUUUUAUCAUAGGUGAAAUGUGUGUCUUUAUUAACUUAUUAAUUUAAUAAUGUAAUUUUGUUUCUGUAGUGUAUAAAUUGAAUUUUCGUUUUAAGUUUCCAACACCAUGAUGGAACUCACACCUUUUUAGUAAUUGGUAAGCUGUAAAUUAAUUCUAGUAAACUUUCAAAAAGAAUUGUUUCCCUAGUAAAAGAUGUUUGUUUGUAGUAUUUGAAAUGGACAGAUGUCUGUUGGGAUACAAUGUGUUUCAACUUCUUUGAUAUCAAUAAUAUAUUUUUGUGUGUAUGUGAAAUUACAAACCAUAAGCAAACUAAAUUCCAAACAAAUGUAAUAAAGUCCAGUUUUAAUGUGA